AAGCGAUACUAGAAUUUAUCACUGAAUCAUUAGUUUUGACGCUGCCUAAAUUCUGAGUCAUACCGACAGAUACCAUUUUAUAUUAAUUGUUAGCUGUAUUACUAUAUGCUAUGUCGUCAACCAUAAAAAAGUUGUUGACGAAAUUGCGCAGUCUUAGUGACCACUUUCCAGACCCCGAAAAAAACUUAGAGUUGAAAUUUCAAACAGAAAUCGUGGAAAUUUUAGACGAUCCAAAAAAUAAUCCAGGUUUAAAUGCACUCAAAGAAAUAUUUACAAACGCGGACUUCCACAUUGACGACGGAGAAGUUUAUAUGAACAAAAUAUUGAUUAAAGACAUUGAGUGUUUUUUACGGAAAGGGAAUUUGCGGGAGUUUAAUGAUUUAUUACAUUUAUCUCAUGAGGUAACCGCUCGUGAAGAGAAAAGUUUUCAAAAUUUGUUACUAUCCGAAGUUCCUGAUAUUCAUAUUCUUAAGUUUAAUGAAAAAUAUAGACAAGCGCAAAUAGAACAUCCAGAUCUUGAUGUAUUUGUGACAUCAUAUAAUGAGAUAAAAAGAAAAUUAACAGAUGAAGCUAAGGAAAAAUUUGACAUAUAUUUGAAUCUUAUACGAGGUUUGAAGUCAAAUGAUGGAAUUAUUCAUGGUCUUUUCGCGAAAAUGCGAGUUGAUGGUAAUUUAGAGGAUAAUAUUGCUACAGCUUCAGUUUCACGCCAAGGCUGUUACUUGGUAAAAAAAGAUGCAACUGGAAUAACAUCUUUUAAGUUAAUAAAUCGAUCUUGUACGCAGAAUAAUCUAUAUGGAAAGAUUCCUGAUGAAAUUACUCCUGUUGCAAAUUCAUUGCAAUACAAUUUACAAGUGUAUUUAUAUAAAGCCAUAAAAGAAAACGGAUCGGAAAAACAAAAUUUGAAAACGAAUUUGAGUUUGGUCGAAUCUGUAUGUAAGCUGGAAAAUAUACCAUAUCUUAUAUCAAAAUAUGAGUCACAACUUUGGAAUAACUAUUCCAAAUCUCAACUAUUGAAAAAUUCAUCUACUGAAGAAUUGAUACCUUCUCUUUGCAAUGAUGUUUUCAAGACAAACAAAGAAGAUGCAUGCAUUUCUUGCUCUCCAUGUGCUCCAAGGAAUUCGAUAAAUUAUGUCAAUAUAUCGAAAUUGCCCAUUGAUAUGACUAUGUUGUGUGUCAAAAGAGCGACAUUGCUCGAGACUCUUCUCGAUUUAGGUGUUGAUUUGAGUACAAGCAUUUGUACAAUAGUAUGAGGUUUCACAAAUCGAAGAUUUUGAUUGUUGAAAAAACAAUUUGUGCAAUUUGACACGCAGAUAUUUUUUAUUAACUUAUCAGAUCAAAACAAUAUUAUAUUAAGAAAAAAGCACAUGCGCUGUUACAAUACUUUUGAACUCAAUCGUAAAAUACCAAAGAUGUUAAUAAAAUUAGUUGUGAAAAUGCCAUCUAGCAUUAGCCAAAAAGAAUAUGCAGGUUUUUCCUGGGUACUUGUUAAAUUUUUUGUCUU